UUAUAGUGGGACUGCGGCGGGCAUUCUGACACUGUGGGAACCUGCUAACAGCCACUGACAUCGCAAUAACACUAAUACAGUGAUCAGUGCUAAUAAAAAGCUUACAUUGCACUAAUGACACUGGGCAGGAAGGGGUUAACUGAUUCCCUGCCGCCUUACAGCAGAAAUACUGCUACAGGGCGGCAGGGCUGUGUUAAAAUAACCAGUAACAUGCUGCUGUGUAUUUCUCUGCACAGCAAAGAAAUACACAGCAGGCACAUGUGCGUGCCACCCUACCUGCACCGCCAUUGGUGGCUACAGAUGUCGAUCACCGGAUCCUGGCCGGAGAUUCCCCGCCGGCAC